AUGCAUGUUUGCAUAGGGCUAGACUGGUCUGAGGACAGUACAGAUGAUGAAGAUACAGAGGAGCUUGUUCCUUUAAUGCCUCAAGCCUGGAGACUUCAGGAAAGAAGCUCCCAUCAAAGCUCCUCCAAUGAAAAGCCGCUUUCCAGGCGGGCACGUCUGGCGCAGCUAUGUACAUACCUGCAAGAGAGGUAUAAACACUUGUGCCGACAGGACAGGGCAGCCACCCGUCACAGCAGAUACCGAUAUGCCUUCCGGAAAGCUCUGCUCCAUGCUGCAAGCAAAGACCCCGACUGCACUGCACAGCUCAUUCAGAAACUCAGCAAGAGCCCACAGACCUCAACCUGUUCAAGGUCUGCAGUACCACACAACUAUGAAAGGACAAUGUGUACAGGACCCACAAAGGGUCAAAGCUGCAGCAACAUAGCUUUGCCAUUUUCACGUCACUGUUUUCAACAUAUCCUGUUGAAUCGCUCUCAGCAGCUGUUCUCCAGUUGCACGGCACGGUUCGCUGAUGGACAGCAGUGCUCUGUUCCUGUGUUUGACAUUACUCACCAGACACCUCUUUGUGACGAACAUGCCAAGAAAAUGGAUAAUUUCCUGCGUGGGGAUGGCAACAGACGCAGUCAGCAGCAGCGGCGCCCACGUAAGAAGACCAAGCCACCUGCACUGACGAAGAAACACAAAAAGAAGAGAAGACGAGGUCCGCGCAGACCGCAGAAGCCCAUUCCUCCCGCUGUGCCACAGGGGAAUUUGCUAAUGCCCUCCCUGUCACUGCCCCCUCACCAUACCCAUGUCAGCAGGAGCCCAUCAACCCCUGAACUCAAUGCAGAUGAGCUUCCUGACGAUAUCACGAAUGAAAUGCCUGACAUUCCCAAUGAUCUUGAGCUGAAUCAGGAGGAUUUCUCUGAUGUACUGCCCAGACUACCUGAUGAUCUUCAGGAUUUCGACCUUUUUGAGGGUAAGAAUGGAGAGUUGUUGCCCACCACAGAGGAGGCUGAGGAGCUGGUCAGAGCCCUGCAGGCCAUGGGGUCGUAUCCCGAUUCACUGGUGUGUUUGUCCUCAAUGGGUGAACUGACCACAGCAGACGGGGUAGACCACCGAACCAUGGCCGUGUUCUCGGGAUCAGGGGUCACAGCGACUGGCAUCGGAGACCUUCUGAACGGCCGAAUGACUUCGGAGACUUUUCCCAGUCUAGACCUGGAAGGAAACCUCCUCCAUGCCCCGACAGACCAUCAUUUCCCAACGUCCCCUUCUCCCCAGCCAACCCAGAGCAGUGCCACCGCACCCACUACAAGUCCCAAUGGUGGGUUAACAGAACGAACGUUUUCCCGAGCUCCCAAACCGGACUCAUCUCCACCUGGCAGUCAUUACAGCAGCGAGCAUGUGCCAUCGCCCUACAAGGAUCACAUCUCACCCCCACAUGGUGCCUCUUAUCAAACCGACCCGCCUCUCUUGCUGGAGGUGCCUUUGAGUGGAGCACCAGGCCCUCCACGCACCUCCUGGAAUAACCUCCCUCUCUCGCUCACAGACCCGGCACAGUUCGGUAACCUCCUCUCUGCUGAAACUCACCUGCUCUCCACCGCUCUGUCCACCCCACCCUCCAUGUCCCACUCCACAAUCCUGCAGCCCACCGCUGCUCUCUCCGCUCUACCCCAACCGGGCCUGACGCGCCUCACCUCACCCUCAUCCUCGCCCUCUUCACGGGACCUUCUCACCCCCACCCAACCUAAACUACAGCUCCCACAGUUUAGUGCAGCCUUCGGCCACCAACUGGCUUCUCACAGUGGGAUCCCCAAAGACCUGCAGCCCAGCCAUAGCUCGACAGCACCACCUACAGGCUUUACAAUCACUAGUGCCACUGCUGCCACUCCACCGUUCCCUCAGAGCAACUGAGUCUGGUUAGAGAGACCAUCCCAUCUCACAUUAUAGAGGGAUAGUUCACGAUGGUUCUUUUUUUACUAGUCACUCUCAUGACUUUUCUUUUGUCAAGAAAGAAGUUCUGAACGAUGUUCACUUUCUGCUCUUUAAAAAGAAAAUAAUGCAGUGAACAAGUGUUGUCAAGCUCCAAAAAAGCACUGCACAUGUGUAUCACAAUCGGUUAUGAAUUGCGGAGUGUUUUGUGUCAUGUCUUGACAGCUGCAAGAUUUUGAGUGAGUAAAGGCCUGUUCACACCAAGAUAAAUGUUCAGUAAACAUUUUUAUAUUUAGAAAACUUGCUGACCAAUAAUUUGCACUUUUGAUCACAAAAAGUAUUUGCUAUUACAUAAAACUAAACAGACAAUUUUGCUAAGCGACUGACUAGCAGAGGAAGAAUCCAGAACCAGCUUUCCUGUCUCUGGUCUAGUUUUUUUUGGUGUUAGUGAACACCCUCACAUAUACAAAAAUGAAAAAAACAUUUGACUUCCUUUCGUCACGGUGACACGUGGAUGUCAGAAAUGGAAAGUUGCACAGUGCUGACCUUGUGUACCGCUAUACUUCUGUUUUUCAGUGUAUCAAAUCUGUGUGAACAGGCCUUUAAUGACUUAAAUUCCAAUCUGUUCCUAACACAUAGCUAUCAAUAUGUCUUCAGAAGACUUGGAAUAUAGUGCACAAAUCCUAUGGACCUCUUUUAAGGUGCUAUCAGUCUCCAUUCACUUUAGUUGCAUGAAGAAGAGCAGUCUGGACAUUGUUGGAAACAUCUCCUUUUAUGUUCUUCAGAAGAAAGUAUGGGUUUAAGGGUUUAUAUUUGGGUGAACUAACUCUUUAAGUCUCAUCACCAACAGCCCUGUGUCUGACUGGCACAAUAGAUCAGCAGCAGAUUUGAGUCUUUCUGUACACGGAUCUCUGCUUGGUCUGUUAAAAGUGUCCAUCCUCUGUUUGUUGUUGUAGUGAUCCAAGAGUUAUGUUCUGUCCACAUUUGCCCCUUUUCCACCAAAUGGUGCUAGUGCAGGAGCCGGUGCUCAGUUGGGUGAUCCAUGGAGCUGUCUCUUAGCCGACCCAUUAAUAUUGACAGCCAAAACAAUCUAACUGACAACAUUACUACAUUACUUGAUCAUGUGUCUUACAGUCUUAGUUUGUUCCAAUUUAAAUCACUUCCUUGCAGUCAGACAGGGACAGUAAUGUUGCUGGAGAAGCUGUGCAGCAUGAUUAAAAAUAGAAAUGUCAACUGAGGUUGUGUGCAACAUAUUUUUACAUUAUUAAGGAUAGGGCUGGGUUUUAACACAAUUUUCACGAUUCGAUUCUCAUUCACAAGCUUGCGAUUCAAUUCAAUAUCGAUUAUUUUGG